AGCUGAGCGUCGUCGUGAGCAGCAGCCUUCUGUCCUCGUCUGUCCCGCUCGUCCGCUCGCUUCCUGCCCCUCCGUCUCUCCUUCAGCCCCGACCAGGCCAAGGUAUACCCCUUCUUCACCCCUCCGUGUAUGCCUCAACGCCGCAGAUGAGACGCAAACUCCCCACUACCCUCGUCUCCACCGCCCUCUGUAUAUUCUGUGCCCAUGUCGCGUCCGCUUCGCUCCCCCAGGUCGAUUUCGACCGCAUGGGCGCGGUAGCCCUCACUGGCGCGUUCGCAGGGCUCGGUAUCUCUGACAGCUCGUCCGUCGCUACCUCAUUUGACUCUUCCACCGCGACGCUACUUUCUCGCGCACCCGACGGCGCCCUCACGCCUCUUGGUUCUACGAACGAGGGUGGCAGCAUACUAGCCGGCUGUGCCCUCAACGAUGUCUUCUACUUUGGCGGCAACUUUUCCUCCAUCAACGGUACAUCCGCAAGCUACAUCGCCUCGUACACCGCGUCCUCAGACUCCCUCGCAUCCCUCGGCUCCAAUGGACCCAAUGGCCCGGUGCACGCCCUGUACUGUGACGCGAGCAACAACGACGUGUGGGUCGGUGGCAAGUUCACGUCGCCCGCGAGCUCUGUCGCGCUGUGGAACACGAAGUCAUCGCAGUGGUCGUCUCCGCCCUUCGGCGGGUUGUUAGGCGCCUCCGCCGAGGUUCUCGCCAUCAAUACCAACUCAUCUGCAUCCAGCCUUCUUUUCGCGGGCUCGUUCACGGUAUCGUAUGGCAAUUCCACCAUCAACAGCACUAACAACCCCAACGUACCGUUCUCUCCCGGCGCAUCCCCGUUCUCGUCCUCCCUCGUGCCGAUCGGGCUGCAAAAUGCUCAGAUCGUUGCACAGCCCGCAUCGACGCAGUCUGGGUUCAACGACAUAGAGAACAUCCUCUGCCCGGCUGGAGCUGACGGUGCUGGCAAUACUUGGUUGGCAGCGGAUGGACAGACAGCCGUCAUCACGGCUCGGGCGUUCUCCUCGCUGUCCGCCAGAGGUAUCCGCCUGGGUAAUACCUUCGUUGAUGGGCGAGGUACCACUGCUUUCACCCUUACCACGAUUCCGGACAACACGGUCCAGACGCUAUCCUACCUUGAUCCAACCACCGGCCAGAAUCAGACAUGCAACGACGCCUGUCCUUUGUUGUCCAACUCGUCUAUCCUCUACCAGGACUUCUUGUUCACCAGCAGCCUCGACAUCACGGGCUUCCAGCUGCAGUUGACUGAGUGGCAGGGGGCGGGAGCCGGGCUGCAUCUCAUGCAGCUGCUAUCGUCUGGCGCGUACGCGUCCGCCAUCGCGUCGAAUAACACACAAUCGUGUUAUGCGCCUGGCUCGUCCAACGUGACUUUCACAGGCUCGUGGACCGAGAAGCAGGCGACGACCAGUAUCCCCGGUACCGUCCAGACCGUACUGGUGUCUGACGUUGCUGUGGGGACGUCCGCCUCAUCCGGCCCUAGCGUGACCUGGAUGCCAUACGUCUCUGCGUCGGGCACCUAUGAUGUGUACAUGAUUGUCCCGGGCUGCACCGACUUCCAAGAUUGUCCCUUGCGCACGAGCGUCGCAGUCACUGUCUUCCCUGGCUCCGGUUACCAACCCUGGGUAUCCACGAUCGCGCAGACGAACACCGAUGAUCAGUCCACCCUCAUCUACAGUGGUCCCGUUGUACCGUCGUCGCCCGACUUCGAGAUGACCAUCGAGAUGACCCUGGCGGACAGUCCUACCGGUUCUGGCGAGAAUGGCCAGUACGAAUUGGUCGCAGGCAGUGUCGAGUUGGUACUCACGAGCGCCAACAUUACCGCGAACACCACUGGGAGCGGAAGCGGAACCUCUUCCGCCUCAGCGAACUCGUUCGGAUUCUUCGAGUGGCCGCUGUCGUCCUCAGCCGCGUCGUCUACUGUCAGCGCGCAGGUAGCUGUGCCUACUUCCUCGGAGACGUCUCUUGACCGGAUCGGCGUGGACUUGCUCAGUGCGCUUGGAGGCGCUACGAGCCUCACGUCCAAGGCGCCCGUGGUUUCGGCCGUCGUGCAGCACUCGUCUGGCGCUGUCUUCAUUGGAGGCACAUUCACACUCACGUCGGGAUCCGCAUCGGGCGCAUCGAACAUCGUCGCUUACAAAAAUGGCGCGCUUGCGGCGCUGUCGCAAAAUGGUCUGAAUGGACCGGUGACAAGCCUCGCCGUGGAUGGGGACACACUCUUCGUCGGUGGCUCGUUCACCGAUACGUCCUCUGCGUCGAAUGGUGCACUCGCUGGCGUGGCGUCGUACAGCAUCGGAAGCAACUCGUGGUCUUCCAUUGACUACGUCGGCAGCCUACUCCUUGUCGCGGGCAACUUCAGUGCGCUGAAAACGACCAGUGCGAAUGCCGCGGUGGACCAGGUCUCUGGGUUCGCUGCUUGGGAGACCGCCAACAGCACUUGGGUCAACACCGGAGGCUACUUGAUCGGCAGUAUGACUUUCGUAGGCAAUGACACUUCUUCGUCUGGCGGUGAGUUCGUCGCUGGCAACGUGCAGGCAUCCCUUCAGAUCGGCGCCACGGGCCUGGUGAUGGUUCAGAACGGUGGGAAUGGCGAGCCGGAGCUGUCUCCUCUUGGUGUGCAGUUGGCUGGCAACUCCACGUCCGCAAGCACGACUGCCAGCCUGUCCAGACGCCGAUAUGCCCCGGUCGACGUCUUCAAGCGCAUGUUCGACAAGAGGGCAACCGCGGCUAUACUUGCGCCGCUGCCUGCUGCACCUGCCUCCCCUGCCCCUGCCGUGUUCGCCGGUGCGUUCUGGACGAACAGCAGCAACUCUAACCAGGAGGUCAUAGUCAUCGGCGGUAACUUCUCGUACACAUCUGGUGGCUCGACCUACGAGAACGUUGCCGUCUACGACAACAGCACCGACACGAUCACACCGCUGCAGGGCAACCAGAUCAACGGGACCGUGCGCUCGUUGCUAGUCCAGGGUGACAAACUCUUCCUCGGCGGUGAGUUCACUCUGGAAGGCUCGAACGCGAAUGGGUUUGCUAUCUACGACCUUGCGGAGCAGACCUGGGAUAUGUCUGGGGUGCCUGCGCUCUCGUCGAGCUCUGGCUCCAACGUGCUCGUGCGCUCAAUCACUACAUCGCCGUCGCAGUCGGACGUCAUUAUUGUUGCGGGGAGCUUCUCGCAGGCUGGGUCGACGGCGUGCAGAGCGAUCUGCUCAUACGCCUAUGACAAGGAGCAGUGGAACGCGCUUGGGAACGGCAUUCAAGGUGAAGUUGCGUCUGUCGCUUAUACUGAGAGCAACCAGGACGUCAUUGUCGCUGCGGGUUCAAUCGCACUUGCAGACAAUACCGCGGCGAAUGUGGCCUAUACACCAUCUCGAACUCGACGGCCGGUGACAGCGGUAGCUGUGAACGAUGGCAAUUCAAGCAGCAUCUUUGCUGCUGGACGAGCUUCUGAUAAUUCAUCCGCAUUCUUGUACUCUUGGGAUGGACAGAGCUGGUCGAGCGUCGGUGCAACGCUGGAUGCCGCAACUGACGUCACGCAGCUGCUGAUGGUUCCGCUCCAAAACACCCACACUCGAAUGCGAUACCUUGCUGUUGGAAUUGUGAUCCUCAUCUCCAUCGCAAUUGCGGCUGGUAUUGUCUUCCUCCUCGCAUUGAUCGGUAUUCUCUGGACGCUGUUCUCUCGCCGAGACGACAAGAUCAAGCUUGACGGUGGCGCGGCUGACGAUGACGAUGACUCAUCGCACCGUCCGUCCUCGCUACUAGAGCACAUCAAUGCUGCCACACGUGCGACGGUCCUCGGCGAGACCGCGUUCGGCCCACAUGCAGAGAAGGAGGCGACCGCGGGUGCAGCAGCAACAGAAAGCGACCCAUUCCAGCCGGAUGCGGACAAUUACAUGCGUGCAGAAACGCCGUCGGAUGCCAUCGCUGCUGGCACAAUGGCCGGUGAAGACAUGCUUCGUCCCGCUCACGCUCGAUACUCGUUCGAUGGUGGAGGUGAAGGCGAACUACCCUUGUCAGCUGGACAGGAAAUUGAAAUUCUUGACGAUGGGGAUGCUGCAUGGUGGUAUGCACGAGAUGUGCGGUCGGGACAUGAAGGGGUCGUACCUGCGGCAUAUGUUUACUGAGUCAUGAUAUUAUCUCUUGAUUUGUAUCUGGAUUUUUGCUGUCGUCACGCACUGAAACGAUGUUGUGGAUACCCGUGGUGGCGGACGAUGGACGUCUCACAGACUUUCUCGUUCGGUCCACGCUCUCGUACCCUUCGGUUGUCGUAUCUCUAUAGCCCCCUACACUACUUACUAGACUACUCAGGUUUGAAUACAGCGGACCGCGUCAUGUCUGCAUGUCUCAAUUCAUGCUCACUGCAAUAUAGCAUAAGCAUUUGUGUGAUUGAACAGGCCAUCGGGUGUGUGAAGCUUACCUGGAGCAGAGGAUCCCUGAAAU